AUGGAGGACAUUGACACUCAUUUAAAUGAAGGUCUCCAAUAUGCCAGAGACAAACAAUAUCAGAAGGCCAUUGAGAAAUUUGAUAAAAGUUUGACUAACAAAUCACCAGCAACAUUAAUACAUGAUGUGUUCUAUUUUCGUGGAUGUGCUAAACGUAAACUUGGUCAAUAUGAACAAGCAAUUAAAGAUUUUGAUUCCGCUAUUGAUGGAAAGUCGUCGAAAUAUGGUGAUGCUCUGUACAAACGAGCUUAUGCUAAACAUUUGAUUGGACAAUAUGAUAUGGCUCUUCGAGAUUAUGAACUGUUUGUUGCUCAGUGUAAACCAACAGAUACCGAUUUGUUAGCGAAAGGACGGUUUAGUAUGGGUUGUGCGUAUUUGCAUCUGAAUGAAAAUGAUAAAGCAUUAGCCUGUUUUGAUCAAGCAGUUACAUCAAAACCAGAUCGAGCAGAAUAUAGUCUUUAUCGUGGUCGAGCAUAUGGUACUCUCGGUUUAUAUGAUAAGGCUGUAGAAGAUCUUGAGCGCGUUUGUUCUCAGUGCUCUGACGCUUAUCUAGUGGGUUUAGCACAGAAUGAACUCGGCAAUCAUAUUGAAGCAAUUAAAUCAUAUAACACAGCUCUCGAAAAUAAUUUACAUAAUUCCGAUGCUCUGUUUCGCCGUGAUCUAUCACAUGCCUGUUUAGAUGACCAUUUACAAGCCAUUCAAGACUUUCAACAAGCUAUUAAGGAAUCCGAAAGACCGGAUCGUAUACAUUUUCGUCUUUGUAUGUCAAACAUUGCGCUAAACGAUCAUAAGGGAGCGCUAUUAAAUUUUAAAGAAGCACAAAAGUUAGCACCCUAUCAUGCAGAUGUUUAUUAUGCUCGAGGUAUGCUACAUUAUAAUUUAGGCACGCACAAUGCAGCGGUACAUGACAAACGUAAAGCACUGCUGCUUGGUGACGCUGCACAGUAUUACACACAAAAGUUAAAUGAAGCAACGAAAAAGGUCGUACAUAAAAAACGUGCGCAUUUAAAGGACUAA